AUGGAGAAUACACGCGAGAUACUAGCAGGUGUAAUAUCGCUCGCCUCAUGGAGAAAUCUAGCCUUGUUUCUGGCAGUGAUUAACUUGAAAAGUCUCCCAUUUGUCUGGCACCUCCGCCUGCUGUAUCAUUUCUUUGGCAACCUGCGUUUGAAACCCAGUGCGCCACUUCUUCCCAAGGGGAGAAUUAUCGUGGAUUCCCGAGGGAAACCAACGCAUCCCAUCUUUGUGCCAUGCAUGGUCACAUCUCGUACGCCGUUGCUUGAGACCGAUUACAAUCUACAUAAAUCGAACAGCACUUACUUCACGGAUCUCGACGUUUCACGUACAGCGCUCGUGAGCCGAAUCUAUAGUCCUGGAGUCGGCAAUGUGAGCAAGGAGCUAGACCAGGAGUUCCUAGUCGCCAGCAAGAAAGAGGGAAAGCCGGCGCCGAGGCGUAAGCCAGUUUUGAUUGUGCUCGGGUCUGUUUACUGUACGUUCAAGCGCGAAAUUAAGCCAUUCGAACUAUAUGAGAUGCACUCCAAGGUGCUCUCUUGGGAUGCAAAGUGGCUGUACGUCUUGACUUGCUUCAUGCGACCUGCACGCCGCAGAAGUGACGAAAAGGUGAUCCUUGCCGUGGGCGUUAGCAAGUACGUCGUCAAAAAGGGUCGGCUGACCGUUCCCCCGGAGCGGAUUCUGCGCGCUAGCGGAUUCCUCCCCACGUCGCCCCAAGAGAGUGAAACGAAGACCGCACUAGCCGACGUCGACUCAUCGGCCGAAGCUUCCGGUAUUGAUACUCCUGGUAAUGGCGAAGGUAUAACGGCUACAGGAGGCAUGGACGGAUCGUUGGUUCGGGAAGUAUUGAAGAUGAAUGAUGACAAUAUUCCUGGGCAGGAGGUACUGGAUAAGCAACAGAAGGAGAAUACCGACUCGUGGAAUGUCGAAGAGUGGACCUGGGAGCGUAUUGAACAGGAACGCUUGCGGGGAUUGGAGGUUGUCGAUGGAUAUACUAAUAUGGAUGCCAAAUUGUUCGAUGAAUGGGUGCAAUAA